CGACGAGUUGCGGCGACAUGUUUGACACCAGCCUUCCUUGCUCCAAAAUAUCUUCCUACGAUGCUGGCGACACGGAGAAUCAUCCCCAGAAUGCUGCUGCAGAAUGUGCGCAGCUAUGCAGCCAAGAAACCAAGCCCAGAAAUCGCCGAGCUCACACGGUCGUUGCAGCGCAAGCAGCUGGUCCUCGACCACUUUGACAUUCCCGGCAAAUACCAAAAGUUCUUUACGGGCCGGCUGCGUAAGCGCGAGACCAGGCGCAUGGAGCGGCAGCUCGAGGACAACAAGCAGACGGCCGCCGGCGACCUGAAACGGGUCAGUGCAAAAUCGGACUCGUUCGACGAGGAGGUGCAAACCCGCCGGCAGCUGGCGCUGCGCAAGCACAUUCUGCGGAUCCUAGGAGCACCACCUCUGUCGCUGCUGUAUUGGGAGAUUACCGAUGUGAUUGUGUCGUUCAACCUGAAAAGCGUUGUGUGCUGCUACAAGAUUACUGCCAGCACGAAGGACGAGGGCAUCAAGCCGUACCAGAUGCGCAAGAUCGUCGACGAGUCGACCGAGUACCUCAACGCCGUUUGCGGAUCCGGUUCCGGAACAGGCACGCCGACGGCCAAGCUGCUGGAGCAGAUCGAGUCGCAUGUUGGCUCGGCGCCAGAGCCAGAGCCGCCCGCGGACCAACAGAAAUAGGACCAGCACUCCAAAAUAUGCGCUCAUUCUACUGCUUGUGCUUUAAUUGGAAUUCCCAGGACCUAUAAAUAAACGGUUCGUUUUGG